GUUGGUCAGGAGCUGUGCUCAUUACUAAACCUUUCGGAUCUAAAUUAUUGUUGUGUAGAAAUUCCACUUGUAUUCCCUUUGAAAAAUAAAAUGAAAUUAAUCAAGUCCUUGAGUCUGCUUCCCCAAUGUGUUUCUCCGUUGCAGAAAUGUUAUUCCACCGAUCUGAUCAGUUUGGUGGGAAUCCCGAGGGUUAAGAUAACCAAGGGGGAAAAUCGUUACUUGUUGGUUAUGAUCCAUACACACGGGUUUACGAACUUCGGAAGAGUCAUUGUUCGCGGCGCCGAUGUCGACAAUCAUUUGGACGUUUUUGACUCUGUUUUGGAGGAGAUGGAGCCCCAGGGCAUAUGUUCCAAGUGCCUGGGCGGUGGGAGAAUUCUCAAUGAGGCAGACAAGAAGAAAAUAAAGAUUUAUGGCACCUCCAGAACAUUCGGCGGUGCUGAUCACAAAAGAACGAGGAAUAUACUACAAGCGUGGACCACAUACAAGGACUUCAAAAUCAGCGUUAAGAAUUGAAGUUGAACAUAUUUAAGAAAUGUUAAAUUAAUCCAAAUACAAAUGGCACAGUUAAAAUGAA